AUGGCGUUGUUUCAAAACUUCAAUACUCACUCAUUAAGAUCAACCAGAGGAUUCAAACUAAAACAAUCGUCACCAAUCUCAAGUCCGCAGCCAGUCAGUAGCUCAGCUUUUCCUCAAGAACUGCCUCAGUUACCCAACCUGAAUCAGCAACAGUAUCAGCUCAACUCAUACAGAACAAUCAAUAGAGAAACAUUACCCACUGGUGGUCAAACCGUAUCAUCACAUAAAGAUAUUAGAAACUAUGCCGAACAAACGUUAGGUUCCGAUAAUGCCUUGAUUCAGGCAGUUAAACUACCACGAGAUGAAGAUUUGAAUGAAUGGUUGGCAAUACAUGUCGUUGAUUUUUAUAAUCAAAUUAACAUGCUAUACGGUGCUAUAACUGAAUUUUGCUCUCCUUUAACAUGUCCCCGUAUGAUUGCGACUGAGGAAUACGAGUACUUGUGGCAGGAAUCCAACCCAACACCAUCAAAUGAUGGGUCAAAUAUAGUAUCAUCUCCUAAAAAGCCAGUGUCGUUACCAGCUUGUGAGUACAUUGAAAACUUAAUGAAUUGGGUACAAAACUUCUUUGAUAACGAUAACAUUUUCCCAUCCAAGAUUGGUGCCCCUUUUCCUCAUCAGUUCCCAACUUUAGUAAAGACAAUUUUCAAGAGAUUAUUUAGAAUCUACGCUCACAUCUACUGCCACCAUUUCCAUGAAGUGACAGAAUUGGGAUUACAAAGUCAUUUAAACACUAGUUUGAAACAUUUCGUAUUGUUUGCUGAUGAAUUUAAACUAAUUACUAGGAAAGAUUACGGACCCUUGGAGGACUUGGUUGACACCAUGUUGGACCGGUGA